AUGGUGGUUUGGGUUCAGUUCCCGGGUUUCCCCGUCCAUUUUUACCACAAGGAAUUGCUGUUUACACUGGGGAACAUGAUUGGCAGGGCAAUCAAACUGGACUUUCACACGGCUAACCAGCAACGGGCUAAAUUUGCUCGAAUGGCGGUGGAGGUAGACCUGUCUAAACCUCUAGUCCCCCGAAUUCGGCUAGAUGGUAAGUGGCAGAAGGUUGAGUUCGAGAACCUUCCCAUCGUUUGCUUCGAAUGUGGCAAAAUCGGACAUACAAAGCUAAACUGCCCGGCUCUCUCACAAGCUCUUACCGUCGUUACUCAUGUCGGGUCGCCUCCUCCGCCGUCGGCUGCUGCGGCCGUAGGAUCAUCGGAGGACCCAGCCGGUUUCGGACCUUGGAUGCUGGUUUCAAGGAAAUCUCGCCGAAAUUCUCGCGAUCCCGCUAAGCAAGGUAAGUCGGAACCAGUUUUGGUAAGUCACAACGGGAAAGAGAGGGGGAUUUCGGGGAAAGAGGAAACGGUGGCUACGGUGGAAAAGGUGGGAGCGGCGCCUCAGUUUUUUGGGAAGAAUCAGGGGAAAGGUCUUAAUGACCACAGUUUUAACCUAGGGAAGCAAAAGGGAAAAUCGGCUGGGGAUAAGGGUAAGGAAAGAAAAGGGAAAGAGAUAGUGGACAUGGGGGUGAAUGGGAUUUUGGGGCCUGCCCCAAAGCCUCUUGUAACUGGGCAGGCCAAGCCCACCAACAGUAGAAACAACAAAGAGGCCUCGUCCUCUAAACAGAACCCGAGCCCAACUGAGGAAGCCCGACCCAAGGUGAAUAAUCAGAGACAAGAGCCAAGCUCCUCCGGUCAAGGGAACGGGGUCAAUAUCCAAAUAGUUGAAGUCACCCCCUAUGAGAUGCCGCCGGCUCGUGCCAUCGAUCCCUCUGUCCCGUCGGCGGUUUCAAGAACUAAACAAAAGAAGGAAAAAAAGAAAAGUCAGGGGAGCAAGAACUCGACGCCUAUGAAGCUGACUCCUCUCCGACACAACCCGAUGAAAGCUCUGCAGCACUGGUCGCCGGUUAAAGACAAGAAGAUCAAGAGUAAGGAGCGGAGAGUAGCUUUAACCUUGCAACAGAUCAGUGAGUGGACAGGGAAGGCUCAAUCGAAUGAGGGGAAGAAAGAGGAAGCUGCGGCAGGGGGAGCAGCGAUGGAGUCGGCGGCCGACAUUGAGGACCGGGGCCUGCCGAGUGCUGUUUCCCGGUGA